AUGGGUAUUGCGGAGUCCACGCCGGACGAGCUGCCGUCGGACGCCGAGGAGCAGCUGCGCAGCGGCGAGCAGCAGCUGGAGCUGAGCGGGCGGCGGCUGCGGCGGCUGCCUAGCGCCGUGUGCGCGCUGAGCCGCUUGCAGAAGCUGUACGUGAGCGGCACGGGGCUGCGCGAGCUGCCCGAGGAGAUCGAGGAACUGCGCGAGUUGCGCAUCCUGGCGCUCGACUUCAACAAGCUGGAGCGCCUGCCCGACGGCCUGUGUCGUCUGCCGCGCCUCACGCGUCUCUACCUGGGCGGCAACCGGCUGCUGGCGCUGCCACCCGACUUUGCGCAACUGCAGAGCCUGCGCUGCCUCUGGAUCGAAGGCAACUUCCUGCGGCGCUUCCCGCGGCCGCUGCUGCGCCUAGUGGCGCUGCAAUCGCUGCAGAUGGGCGACAACCGGCUGCGCGCGCUGCCCGCGGAGCUGCCGCGCAUGACGGGCUUGCGUGGCCUCUGGCUCUACGGCAACCGCUUCGAAGAGUUCCCUCCCGCACUGCUGCGUAUGGGCCGGCUGCACAUCCUGGACCUCGACCGCAACCGCCUGGGAGGCUUCCCGGACCUGCACCCGCUGCGCGCACUGCGAGUUUUCUCCUACGACCACAAUCCGGUCACUGGACCCCCGCGUGUGGCAGACACUGUUUUCUUAGUUGGCGAGGGCGCCGUCGAGCGCAUGGCUGAGCGCGACGAGCCCAUUCCGCGGCAGCCACCCCGGCGGCCAGUCCGGGCCUUUGAGGAUGAGGAGGAAGAAGACCUGCUCAUAGGAGGAGCAGGACCCAGGGCCCUGGGACCCGCCAGGGACAAUCUCCGAGCCUUGGAAGCCCCUCCAGGAUUGGGCACCUGAGCCUCUGCCUUAAGUGAUGGGCUUGGCCACUCUGGAAGGAGGGGCUCUAGGAAGCCGUGGCUGUCUGGAUAUAGGGUGCCGCUGGGCCUCUUUGGAGCAGUGAAGGAGUGGCAUUGAGUGAGCUGCCUGGCACAGGCCUUAGGCUAUCUUCAGACACUUCUGGGUAGUAAGAAAGACUCCCCGGGCAGACCUCUGGGCAAUUUUUAGACCAAGAAGUCUAGGAUAGUCACUGAUGGUACAACAGAUGAGCGGGUUCUCACCUGGAACCAGGUCACCACUAUCCACAGAGUCAUCCCCACUCUGACACUGGAUGCCCAGGGUACCUAUCACUUUCGUCUGGGGUUUGGAUCGCCUAGGCCUACUCUAGCUGUUGCUGGCGUCAUUACCUCUAUGGUGAAUUGUAUGGAGGCAAAACUUCCCCUCUGUGUGUGUGUGUGUGUGUGUGUGUGUGUGUGUGUGUGUGUGUGUAAGGGGGGAGGUUCUGGCCAGAGGUAGGGCAUAGGGACUGUCCAGGACAGAAGCAGGACACACCUUAGCUUCCCUCGGCUCUCCACCAGGUCCCCGAUAUCUUUACGGAGCACAGAAGACAGGGUCUGCACUCCACCUUUCCUUCUGAUCUCU